AUGAAACUUCGAUUUCUUCUAUUUAUCGCCGGAGUUUUUUCAAUUUCCAACCAGGAAUUGGUUUCGAAAGCCGAAGGUUGCUUCCUUCGAUGCGUUGCACAAUGCGUCGCCUUUGUUGAAAAGGAGUCAUCUUCUCUUCAAUCGGUCGAAACAUGUAAACCACAAUGCCAGAAAUUCAACAACAAUAAUUUAUGUAUGGACAAUACUUGUUGGAGUACCUGUAAUGGAGAGCUUGUCCCUGAAAGAACCCUUCCAGCCCCAUCCAAUUUGACUCUCAAAGGAGUCCGCGGUUUAUCGUGGAAUGCUGUGCCGGGUGCUGUCAUGUACUACAUCGGGUAUCGAACUAUGAACAGUAAGAAGUUCACCAGUGACGAUUUUGUGAUUACGGAGAAACAGACCGUCGAUUUGAGCACUUUGACAAACAUCGAUCCAUGCUCCGAACUCGAAGUCGCAGUAGCCGCGUUUUCAGAAGAUGGGAUUGGGAAUGAGAGCAAGGAAUUGAAGAUUUCAAGUCCAAAACCGACGGCGAAUCCGAAAUUAGAUUUGUUGGAAAUGGAAUAUUUUAACACCACUCUAGUCAGUGACUUCUACCAAGCCAAUGCCACGGUUCAUGUUGAAUUCCGUUAUAAGACUGAUCCUUGGUUCCUCGGGCAAGACGACCUGGAUGUGAUGCCACUAUUCCACCUAAUUUCUUGUGUAGACCCAGAUUUGAGCCAAGGAAUCCCAGUUCCUGAUUUCAUGGUCCACGUAGAAAACAGUACAAUUUCCACAUCCAUUGGUUCCGAUAUGAUGGACAGAAAGUGUCGUUAUGUAUACUAUUUGCAGAGUGUGACCAGCAAGAAAUGUAACACAAUGACAGAAAUGCCGUCUCCACCUUCUUCGGCAUUGCAAACAGUGCAAGUUGAUUGCGAUAUUGUGAAGAACGCGCCAUGCUUCAAAGUUCCAAGUUAUCCAUCUCCGAUUUGUGGAAUGGUGGAUAGUGUUGCAUUUUCUGUUUUGGCUCGAGACCGUGAGGAUUUCAAUGAUCCAUCCGCCAACCUGACAGUCAAUGUCACUUUCAAACCAGUCAGCCGAACCAACGAGCUUCCAACUCUCUACUACAUCGGUAUCUAUGGAGCUGCUUCUGAAUACAAUACGAAAGAAGAGGAAGCAUUCCUUGGUGUCAAUAUUACACAUGUGCUCGGAAGAGAAUCUAGUUGCAAGUCUUUUGAUAGAUCUGGAGCUUGUUUGGCUGAAAAUGUGAAUCGAUCGAUUGUUUUACAAGGAAUCCACCCGAAAACAUUAUAUGGACUUACUAUUUGUGCAGUUAAAGAUCUUCGAAAUCUCACCCUUCCGGAUCUUACGAAUGAUUCGAAAUCAGUGAGACCGAGAGCUGCUAAGAUUAUGCUUGUGGAGCACACUCACGAAACUCAUCAGUUUGUUCCUUACCAAUUAUUAAUCCAACCUGCUGAUUUCUCACUUACUAACACUAUCGAAGACAUUAAUGUUUCUCGGAAAAGGAGACAGAUUGAUUCUGAUCUUUAUAACAACACUGAGUCCUUAUCAUCUGGGAAUGGAACUUUGGAAGAAAUGGACUCUGUUGGAUGGAAUAUAACUGACGAAUAUCUCUGGGACAACUCAACAUCGUCAUCUGAUAAUUUCACUUCUGAAUUCACAACAGAGGAUCCUGAUAACUUCACAACAACUACGAUGCUGCCGAUGUCACCGACGAAGGCUCCUGAGGACAAAAAUAACGCAGGAAUGAUCGUUGCCAUCAUUAUUGGAUCUCUUGCUGUAAUUGGAUUGGCUAUUCCCGGGAUAUGGUUUUAUUUCCGAUGGAAGUCCGAUAAGAAACUGAAAUUCAAGAUGGGUCAAAUGGGAAAAACCAAUUAUAAUGGAAACCCGUACACUGAUUUUCCAAUAUUUGCUGCAAACAAAAACGAUAUCUGGGAAAUCGAGCGACGAAAUCUCAUUAUCCAUAACGACAAGAAGCUAGGAUCUGGAGCAUUCGGAGCAGUUUACCUAGGAAAACUUAUCGGAAAAUCAUUGGCUCAUAAAGAUGCAAACUCUCCACUUGGAAUCAAUUUGAUGAGAGCAGAGAACUGUCAAGUUGCAGUGAAAAUGUUGCCAGAAUAUGCAGAUGAAAUGUCGAAACAUGAGUUUCUCAGAGAAAUCGCAUUGAUGAAAACUCUAGGAUACCACGAGAGACUUGUCAACAUGCUAGCAUGUGUCACAGAAUCCGAACCUCUCUGUCUUGUUGUCGAAUAUUGUGACAACGGAGACUUGCUUCAAUUCCUUCGAGAACGAUGUAAAUAUAUGAUGAAGCUGGAUGAUCUUGGAAUCAACUACCACGAUCCCCCAGAAAACGAUAAUUAUGACACUAAUAUGAUUGUGACAUUGAAACAAUUACUACAGUUUGCCGUUCAAAUUAGUUACGGAUUGGAAUAUUUGUCACAAAAAGGUUUUGUUCAUCGGGAUGUUGCGGCGAGAAAUGUUUUGGUUCACGAGGGAACUGCGUGUAAAAUUGGAGAUUUUGGAUUGUGUCGCUAUAUUUAUGCUGAUCAAUCACAGUAUAAAAGCAAGGGAGGAAAACUUCCACUAAAAUGGAUGUCUCCUGAAGCAAUCCGUCACUACGAAUUUUCAAUUAAAAGUGACGUCUGGUCAUUCGGAAUUCUUCUAUUUGAAGUCAUUACUCUCGGAGGCUCCCCCUAUCCAGGAAUGCCUCCAGAAGACGUUCUCCCACAUCUGGAGAGUGGUGGCCGGAUAGAAAAACCGGAUAAUUGUCCGGAGAACUUCUACGACGUAAUGAUGCAGUGCUGGAGUGCAGAUCCAGAAGACCGAAUCGAGUUUUCUGAUGUGAGAAUGCAGUUGGCAACGCAGUUAGAAGAUAUUACUGAAGAUUAUAGUUAUCUGAAAUUAGAUGCAGCAAAGGAUUAUUAUAAUGUUCAAUAUGGUGAAGAGAAAUUGAAACCAGAAGUUGUGAUAAUUCCGGAUGAAAUAAUCAAGCCAUCGAAACUUAUAAUGGACGAAUUAUCAGUGAAGAAUUUGAGGAUCGAGGAGAUUUAA